AUGGGAAAGAAAGUCGCAAAAUCAACCAAGAAGUUCUCUGCCAGUGGACAGCUGAAAAAAACGAUCGAAGCUCGAAGAAAACAUCAAAAAAUCAAGAAACGAGUCUCGAGCAAGAAGGAAGGGAAGGGAAAGCAGCGGGCUGUUGCGGAGGAGUCAAUUGACGAUGAUGAAGCUGAGGAGGAGGUGAAGGAGACUUCAAAAAAAGACAAGGGGUGCGCUUGGUUUGGUCUUUCGCUGAAAACGCUAACCUGGUGGGUUUGCAGCAAAUCCCGCAUGACGGUGGAUGAUUUCCUAGAGGGUGGAUUCAUGGAAGGUAGCGACGAUGACGAGGACAUGGACGAUGAGAGUCCGGGAUCUGAGAAUGAAGAUGACUUGGAGUUGGAAGACGACGCCUCUUUCGCGUCAAUAGAUGAUAUUGAGGAGGGCGAAGAACACAUGAUCGAACUCUCAAAGUUGGCUGAAAAGGACCCCGAAUUCUUCCAAUACCUCAAAAAAAAUGACCAAGAACUACUAAACUUCAACCCUGACGUCGAAGACCAGUCCGAUGGGGAAGAAGACGAAAACAUGGGACAAACGCCGACACUCACCAAGGCGAUUCUCCAGAAAUGGCAGAAAUCGCUGCUCGAGCAUCGCUCGCUGAGAUCCUUACGGAAACUAUUGAUUGCCUUCCGGUCUGCAGCCCACAUGAACGAGGAAAAUCAAGUUUUAGCUUGGAGCAUCGAGAGCUCCGCAGUUUACAACAAACUUAUCACCACUGCAUUCAAAUACACGCCUGUGAUACUGGAACAUCAUGCCCCGACGAAAACGCUACCAAACGGCAAAUUUAAGCCUCCAACUCAGACCGCAAAGUUAAAGGCACUGCAAAAACUCGUCCUCUCGUAUUUCCAAAAUGUGAUUCACAUGCUUUCGCAACUCACCGACGACGAUAUGCUCCAGCUUGCCGUUAGCGAAAGUGCGAAGAUAAUCGCUUAUAUCAUCAGCAGCCGCAAAGCGGUGAAGCUCUAUCUCAAGAAAUGCCUCGAUCUGUGGUCUAGUGCCGCGGAUAACGUCCGUAUUGCCGCGUUUCUCGCCGUUCGAAAACUCGCGACGUCGACAGAUGAAUCCAUCCUUGAUAGUGUUCUCAAGGGAACCUAUUUGACUCUUGUCCGUUCAUCCAAAAACACGAGUGUCCAUACUCUUCCGUCGAUCAACCUCAUGAAAAAUUCGGCUUCCGAGGUGUUCAAUCUGGACCAAGGUGUUUCAUAUCAACAUGCUUUCGGUUAUAUCCGCCAACUCGCGAUUCAUCUGCGUAAUAGCAUGAAGGUCAAAUCUAAGGAAGCCUACAAACAAGUCUACAACUGGCAAUACAUCCACUGCAUUGACUUUUGGUCGAUCGUAUUGGCGCGUGCGUGCGAUGCCUCAGUGGAAGCCGAGACUGGUAAGGAAAGCGAGCUUAAGCCUCUGAUAUAUCCGCUGGUUCAAGUCAGCAUUGGAGCCAUCAAGCUCAUUCCAAACAGUCGCUCUUAUCCAUUUCACCUGCAUGUUUUACGGUCACUGCUUCAUCUAACACGUCACACGCACACCUACAUUCCUCUGUCACCACAUCUUGUGCCGAUCCUCAUAUCAACACUGACUACCUCGUCGCGUGGAAGUAAAAAUUCAGCUUCUUCGACAUUGCGACCACUCGAUCUGGAGGUGCAGAUCAGGGCGCCCCAGCAAUACGUCAAGACACGGGUUUAUUCCGAUGGUCUUGUCGAGGAAACAUCAUAUCUGCUUGCAGAGUGGCUGGUGUCUGGUCCGGUUCACGGCAGUGCCGCCUUCCCUGAGAUUGUCGUUCCAGUCACUGUUGCUCUUCGGAAAGCCAUCAAGACUGCCAAGGGCACCAAAGAACUUGCCGUCGUCAAGGGUUUGUUAGACCGUGUUGAAGAGAGUGCACGGUGGCUCGAGCAGCGACGUCAAAAAAUUCAUUUAGCGCCAAACAAUAUGGGAGCAGUUCGUGAGUGGGAGCGGGGCCUUUUGGAGAGCCUGGAAGACGAAUCACCGUUGGGAAAAUAUGUCAAAAUGCAACGGAAAACUCGGGAACGCCGACGGAAGUUGGUAGACAAGGCGCGUCAGGGUGAGGAUGAGAUCCUUGAAGAUGAUAGCUAG